UUUACUGUAUUUGUACUGAGAAACAACUAUUUCUAUCCGUUAUUUGUUGUACUGACCUAUUUAAUUUGAAGCUGUGUCUUUGUUUUUUCCCUCUGUUUUCAAAUGAUAAGUCAGCCUUUCGUUAUAAUUACGUAUUUACCUAUAUACCUUACACAGAAUUCCUUCUUUUUGCUGUUAUCUUAUAUAAACGUUACUAUGUUUAUGACACGAUCUGAGUACGACAGAGGUGUAAACACCUUCUCACCAGAAGGGAGACUUUUCCAAGUAGAAUAUGCCAUUGAAGCAAUUAAACUUGGAUCAACGGCAAUUGGAAUUCAAACUGCUGAUGGAGUUGUACUUGCUGUGGAAAAGCGAAUAACUUCCCCAUUGAUUGAAGCAUCCAGUAUCGAAAAAGUCUUUGAAAUUGACACUCAUGUUGGUUGUGCAAUGAGUGGAUUAAUUGCUGAUUCCAAAACAAUGAUUGAUCGUGCCAGAGUUGAAGCUCAGAAUCAUUGGUUCACAUUUGAUGAAAAGAUGAGAGUUCAGAGUAUUACAAAGGCUGUUUCAAACCUUGCUCUUCAGUUUGGUGAGGAGGAUUCUGAACCUGGUGCUAUGAGUCGACCAUUUGGAGUUGCUUUGUUAUUUGCUGGUUAUGAUGAAGGCCUUGGCCCUCAACUAUAUCAUUUGGACCCAUCUGGUACAUUUGUCAGUUGUAGUGCAAAAGCAAUUGGCUCUGCAUCAGAAGGUGCUCAAACAUCACUUGAAGAACAAUUUCACAAAUCAAUGACGAUUGAAGAGGCACAGAAGUCUAUACUUACCAUUCUUAAACAAGUCAUGGAAGAGAAACUUACUUCUACCAACGUUGAAGUUGCCACAGUAACCAAGGAGCAAAAGUUUCAUGUAUUUUCAAAAGAGGAAAUAGAAAAUGCCAUCAAAGACUUAUAACUAGGAGUUUUGAUUUAAUGCUAAUGGUUUUCAGUAAAUGGAUAAAGUUAUUUUGUGUUGGAAUACCAAGCAUCCCAUACAAUGACUAAAUUGUGCAACUUGAAAUGUUUAAUCUGCUAAAAUGUAGACUUGUUGUUUUGCUCUUUCAAUAUGCAUUAAAGUUCAAGAUUGUUUUCAGUUGUAAUAUUUAGUAAACUUACCACAUAGUAAUAAAAUGGAAAUUUUACAUUUUUUUUCUAAAUUUGCUUUGUCCUUGUAUAAUCUGUUUUAAC